GGAGGAGCCGGAGGAGGAGGAGGAGGAGGAGAAGCCAAGCAGAGUCGGUAAAUCCACAAUGAGCCGGUUCUGCUGCAGACAACAAGUGUUCAUCAGAGAGAGAGCGAAGAGGGCGAGGGAGGAUAAAACGAGGUUACUCUCAACAGAGAGAGAGAGUGACGGGACGAAAUAGGGAGGAAGGAAAAGGAGGUUACCACGGCAACUCAGGGGACGUUGCUGCAGCGCGAGGACUCCAGGACACACAGGUUGAAGAGACGAUAAGCAGAUGGAGAAUAGACCAGCAUCUCUAGUCCGGAUUCUGAUCCCCAUCAAGGACAUUUGAUGAAUACUUUCAUGGGUUCCAGAAGGUCCUGGGACCUUUUGUGCAAAUAGUGAGGGACCACGGAAACGGAAGAUCUGGACUUUGAGGUGACUGAGUUGCCAACAUGUCCCAGGCAGGUAAAGUCCUUCACCUGUACGUUGAGGUGAGGUCUGUUGCUGAGGAGGAAGGGCAGGUUCUGGAAAGAGGAAAUAGUGGAACUAGCCACCUGACGCUUUCGUGCCAAGAUGUCCUCCCUCCCUCCCAGAGGAGCUCCACUCACUCUAGUCCCAACCGCAGCCCAGAUCUUUCACCAAUUACUCGGCAUCACACUGGGCGCGGGACCCAAAGCUUACCCCCUUCAAAGUCCUCGUCCAGGCACUCAGUCAGCUUCCAACUUCAAAACCCAGACGCAACAGGAUCUCCCACCCAGUUCCAUCGGCAGGAUGUGUUAUAUGACGAAUUUUCUCAGUUACUCCAGGUCAUUUCACCUGGAAUGACCGGUCCAGGCCGGCAUGGAUCACUGGGACGUGCCCAUUCCUCUGACGUGGAUCCCUACCAGGAAAGGUUACCAAUCUCUCCAUCUUCUACAUCCUCUGGGAAGUUGACUGUACCCACCACCAACCGUAGGUCCUAUGAUAUCCAGGCGGUGGAGGGUGAGGACGGAAGGACAUCUGUGGUGACCUAUGGCUACAUAGAAAAAGCUAACGUUCACAGCAUGGGAAGCCGGCGUGAGUUGGACAACCCUUUAAAUAGAAUGGAGGGGCAAACACUACCUGCCCACCUCCGUAAAAGACUGAGUGACCCAGUGUGGUGCAAUGGUCAGCCAGCACUGGGGGACCCUUACACUAAUCACCCCAAGCCGUCUCAGAAUCAGUGUACGCAGGGCUCACCUUACCUGCAGAGGGCUACUCUGGAUGCUGUAGCCAGAGAUGCCACCUACAGAGCCUGGGAGGAGUUCGGAUCCUCAGAAAUCCGGCGACAAUUUGGCAGUCGUGGCCCAGACAACUGCAGCCCAACUCUGCCACGGCACUACCAAUCCCCUCGCUGCAGGUCCUGGGGGGGGUCACCCGUCCUUCCCCGAAGCACCCACACCCUGCCAUCCAAGACCCAGCUCUUGGAGAUGGACCGGGGAAUCUGCCGUAGUGCAGUUAAUGGAUUACCCAGAAGUCCAGCCUCUGACCACCUGUGUGCCCACACUGGAUACUCCUCCCACCCAGUGGUUCCAACCUCAACCUUAUACUCGCAUGGCCUGCCUCAGAGGCCAUGGACCGGGGAUGAGAGCCCCAGGUUGUCCAGCAAAUUUCAUCCACCUUUACCUGCGGGGAGACCCACAGACAUCCAACAUGAGAUCCCAUCUAGAACAUCCCCCACCAGCAACCAGCGCAGGAGUGGCUACCAAACAAGUGGAAACUCCCACCACUGUGUUGAUAGUAGCUAUAAUGCUAAAGACAGUAUACAGUACUGUGCUAACAAUAUGUCAACCUUUCCCAGCAAGAGUCACUCCAAACCAUUACACUGUAGUAGCAGAACCAGGGAUGCAGUCAUUGGCAGGAGAAGUGUCUCCCCAUCCUUAAAUGCUGAAGUGGCUUGUAAGUUAGCUAUGGAGGCUACCAAAUUGUCCAGUACUUUUGCAGGCAGAGGGUCUCCCUCGCCAACACCUUCUCCAGCUGAGUCACUGAGGUCAGAGAGUCCCAAGAUGGUGGCAUCAUUCCUAAAAGAAUCCCAACCAUAUGCCUCUCUUCAAGGCCAAGUCUCCCCUGAACCUCUGCGGGUGGACAACCAGAACCACAAAUGGGAAACAGACAAACGGAUACCUCAAACCAGACCAGGACUUGUCUCCCCCCUCUUGUCCCAGACAGGCCUCUCUUCCUCAGCAUCUCCAGCUUUACAGGCUAGGUUGCACAGAGUUACUACUUCUCAAUCUCCAGCUUCAGACCCACAGCAACAACGGAGUUCAUCACUAAGUAAAGACAUGUCCACCCUGCACCGCUACCAGCCACCACAGUACACUGGAGGCCGUAAAGCACCCGGUAUGGAGCUGAGGCAGCAUGAUCACCUCUUUGAUAGAUCACCUGAACUCUGCAGGAGACUUCUCUCCAGCCAAAACACAGACGCUUUGCCUGUGAGCUGGACCUCCAGGCACCAGGAGUGGAGGGACACUGGACCAGUCCAAGACAGGGACGAACUCUGUGAUCAAGACUACAGACAGACAAACUGUAAAGUUUACACUCCAAGCAAGGAGGAGAAUCAUAGGAUUGAUAGAGAAAACAAAGGAGUUAUAACGUCAGUGCAGGGGAACCAGAGGUCAGUUGAAGGCAUAUCCAUGGACCAGAGAGAGGAGGUUCAGGAUCACAGUGGGGCUGGUGGGACGUCUUCUCAGAGCUCCAGUGGGGUGACAGGCAGCGUGGGAGACAGUUUCCAGCUGGAGAGAAACGACAGUCUGUUCCCUGAAACCUCGAGCCAGUCCAGCCACGAUACUACCGACACCGGCUCUGGGAUGCAGUCGGACAGCGGCUCAGCAUCGACUCCGUCCUCGCGGUCGCAGAAGAUCGCCCAGGCCAAGUGGGAGUUCCUGUUCGGAGGCCAGAGGGAGGAGCCUCGCUGCCGUGAAGGUGUGUUAGACGCUGCAGCUGAAGGCUCAUCCACAACGCCACUGACCAGUGGUUUGCCCAGCCCCACCCCUCCCUCCUCCCUACAUCUGAAAACAGCUAAUCAGAGGAGGGGGCGGGACAACCAGGGUCCAAAGUUUUCACAUCACAAAGUGCGGCAGAUCGAGGUGGAGCUGGUGACGCCUUACCUCAGAGGCACCAACCCUAAGACGGGUAUCAUCCGCCGGAGCAUUAAAUACUCUGAAACUGAUCUGGACGCUGUUCCGCUGCGCUGCUACAGAGAAACCGACCUGGACGAGGUGAUGCGGGCAGAGGCGGAGACAGCAGAGGAGGCAGAGGCGGACUCUGCCUUUGGGAGUAACCGCAGCGUCCUGGGAAACUCCAGCUUCAGCCCCGCGGACGCCCCCCCGAAACCCCGGACAGGACGAAGGGAGGAGGGGGAUGAAGAGGAGGAGGAGGAGGAAGAAGAAGAAGAAGAAGAGGAGGAGGAGGAGGAGGAGGAAGGAGUGGUGAGCUGGGCCAGUGUCAGGAUGCUCGGAGACAAACAGAGACAAAGAGCCACUAAAGACGAGGACGAGGUGUUCAGUCUGCUGCUGAAGGGGCCAAUGGAGGCUUCGUCCGAAAACCACGGAGGCCUCAAGUCUCCGAUCUCUGUCGGCAGCCCCCGCCGACCCUCCGACAGCAACCUCGACUCCUUCAGUCGCCAUUUUGAAAACAUCAUGGAGUCUCACCGGGCCAAAGGCACCUCGUACAGUAGCCUGGACAGUGUCGACCUGCUGACCUCUGGAUCCACGUCCGUGUUCACCUUUGACCUGCCGACCCUCACCCCAGAGAUCCAGAGUCAGAUUUGCGACAGCGCCAAGCAGAUCAUUGAGCUGAGCUUCGCCCCGCUGGCCCGCCCGGACCCGGCCACCACCUCAGAGACGUCUCGCUCCGAAAUCUCCCUCAGUGCCUCAGUGGCCAGGCUCCGAGCGCAGUCCAAAGACGACACUGGCCCUCCGGUCCGCUCCAGGUCAGAGAAGGAUUCGUGGCGUCGCUCCAACCUCAAAGAUGGCUUCCGAAAGGCGACCUCGGCCCCGUCCCUCCACAGCAGCCCCAGGGAGCGUCUGGUGGACCGCCCCCCCGAGCUGCUGUACCCACAGGCCGACGUAGCUGAGCGCCUGGCGCUCGGCGGCAGCGACGACGAGCUGGCCAACGGCACGAAGGCCGACCUGCAGGCCGCCAAACGCCUCGCUAAACGCCUCUACCACCUGGACGGCUUCAGGAAGUCAGACGUCGCCCGACACCUGAGCAAAAAUAAUGAGUUCAACCAGAAGGUGGCAGAAGAAUAUCUCAGUAAUUUUAACUUCACCGGUCUGAACAUCGACCAGGCGCUCAGGUCGUUCCUGAGACAGUUUGCUCUGAUGGGAGAAACUCAGGAGAGAGAGAGAGUCCUCGCUCACUUCUCUAGAAGAUUCAGACAAUGUAACCCAGAGAGUCUGACCACUGAAGACAGCGUCCACACUCUGACCUGUGCCGUGAUGCUGCUGAACUCUGACCUUCAUGGAAACAACGUGGGGAAGCGGAUGUCCUGCAGUCAGUUCAUCUCCAACCUAGAAGGUCUCAACAACGGAAGAGACUCCAAAGAUCUGCUGAAGACUCUCUACAGCUCCAUCAAGAACGAGAAGCUGCAGUGGACCAUUGAUGAAGAGGAGCUGAGGAAGUCGAUGUCGGAGUUGGCUGACGUCCGAACAGACUCCGCCUCCCACACCAUGAAGCGACUGGGUAGUGGAGGAAACCCGCUGCUGGGCGUUGCCCAGCAGGUGGACGGCGAGCUCUACAAGAGCGGCUUCCUGGUUCGCAAAGUCCACGCCGACCCUGACGGAAAGAGAACGGCGCGGGGUAAGAGAGGCUGGAAGUCUUUCUACGUCUUGCUGAAGGGUCUUGUGCUCUACCUGCAGAAGGACGAGUACCGUGCGGAGCGGGAGUUGACCGAGGAGGACGUGAAGAACGCUGUGUCCAUCCAUCACUCUCUCGCCAUGAGGGCGGCCGACUACAGCAAGAGGCCCAACGUGUUCUACCUGAGGACGGCGGACUGGAGGGUGUUCCUGUUCCAGGCUCCAAACGCAGAACAGAUGCAGUCAUGGAUAACGCGCAUCAACGUGGUGGCAGCCAUGUUCUCAGCUCCACCCUUCCCGGCGGCGAUCGGCUCUCAAAAGAGAUUCAGUCGCCCUCUGCUGCCGGGAUCCAACACCAAACUAUCCCAGGAAGAGCAGGUCAAGUCUCACGAGAACCGCUUCAGGGGCGUUUCGUCCGAGCUGGCAGACCUCACGACCUCCACGCCGAAUCGAAAGGUCAAAGGUCGUGAGCUGGAGGAACAGAAACUCCGACAGGAUUACUUUGAUUUUGAGAAAACUCGUUACGGUACGUACGCCAUGUUGCUCAGAGCCAAGCUGGCGAGCGGAGACGAGGACCUGACGGCCUUCGAGUCUCGGCUGUUUGACGACGGAGGCCUGCAAAGGACACACUCCAGUCCCUCGCUGCCUCAGGACGCCGCCAACAAGGAGAAAAUCCGAGGAACCAAGACGUCAAAGAGCUUAAAGGUCACGUCGUCAUCAUCAACCACCAGGGAGGGAAGCAAGAAGAAGAACGGGAGCAACCAGCAAGCUGAGCUGCAGAAACAGAGCAGCAACCAGGAGGAGGGGCCGUAAGACGGU